AUGAGCGUGACGGAUAGCAGCAGCUACAGCGGCUUCUUAUCGAUACCCACUGAGAUACGAUGCCAAAUCUACGACUACCUCCUCACCGAACCGCACGCAAUCACGAUUAGUGCUGGCUACACUACGUGUUUUGGCAACAGGAUACAGGACCGCGCCCGGAAGACGGAAGUUCCAGGUCUACCACUCGAUCUCGCGCCGCUGGCACGCCGCCACCACGAUGCAUCUCUCCUCUCAGUCGCGAAGCCACCCACGAUUGCCGUCGAGAAUGGACACAUGGAAGACAUUGAGGGCGAGAAGCUGGGCUUCCCCGCUGCCGUGGCGCUGAUGUUGACGUCCCGAUUGAUCAAUGACGAGUUGAACGAUUGUGUUCGUAGGCGGAGACAUAUCGCGCAGGCGCGUUCUACUGUUGAUGCCGACGGAGUCGUUCACGACAACGAAGAAGACCAGGAAGGCCUGUCACUUUACGUGUCUUAUCCUUACGGCGUCUUGGUAUUGAAGCACCAAUACCCCUACCUGUUGAAACAAGCGCGUCGAGUCUACAUCUCUGGCUACUACACACCCCAGCAAGAGAACCAGGUCGAUCCACGAGAUCUCCAGACAAGCCAUGAUGAGCGCUUGACGCCAUCCAGCAGCUUUGCAGCACCAUCUUUUACCACCCCAUCAUCAGGACCAGCAACGAGCUUCACGCGCUCCUCCUCCCGACGAACAGCCCGCCACGGCGUCUCGGUCAACGCCUCGCGCCCGCGCCUCCGUCUCGACCCUCCCCUCCCCCGCGAAUCCCGCCAAACAACCAGCAUACACACGACCUUCCCGUCCUUCUCCGCCUCCACCUCGGCCGAAGCCCCCGCCGCCCUCGCACACCUCAUCACGACCCUCUUUCCCAAACAAACCACGCCCCUCACAAAGCUCACAACCCGCAUCCUCUUCCCAGGCGAAGACUCGUACGGCUCCGUCUGGGGCGACGACAACAGCCCUGUCUCGCACAUCCUGCGCAGUAUCCGCGGCGGCAAGAUUGAUAUGAAGGUCCUGAGAGGUAGUCUAGGAACGGGCCUGAGGCUGACGGCUAGGCCGAAGCCCGAAACGAGGAUUGUGAGUACGAGUUGGGUUAAUUGGAAGAAGGGGGAUGUUGCGGCGAGGGGUGCGGCGGGGAUGGUGAGGAGGGCGGGUGGGAGAUUGGGUGUGAGUGAUCUGGAUGCGUUUUUGAUGGGUGAGGAGGGGGCUUAG